AUGGCACUCUGUGAAAGUCAGUUAGGAUCUAUGAUGCAGCUUCAGGAUUCCCGUGAGGGGACCAGCUCCCCUGACAAGAAGCCAAAGGUAGAAUCAAAUGGAGAUAUCUAUGGAUUGGAUAAAGUCCCUCAACUUCCACUGAGUGUGGACUAUCGCUCCCCUGUGUCUCAUUUUGUUCCACCGGCUGUAGAAUUGUAUGCAGCCAGACACAAACCCGAAAUAAAUAUUGUUGCUCCGGCGACGCCCGUCAAGCGUAAGCGCGGUCGGCCAAGGAUCGAUAAGACCAGCCCGGAGUACUUGGCCAAUUUGGCCGCGAGAAAACAGGCCAGGGAGAUGGCCGCAGUAAUGUCCGUAAAUAGCAACAGCAAUAGCAAUAGUCAGGGGGACUCGGCUGAGAAGAGAAAGAGAGGGAGACCGCGCGUCGACAAGACGAGUCCGGAAUAUCUCGCGAGGAAAAGGGCUAGGGAGCUGGAAGCAUUGGAACGGAAAGCGAAAAAAGAAUUCAGAAGGAGGAACACAGCAGUAUCUUUGUCCAAAGCGAAAUCCAAAAGCUCAUUGGCGUCGCGGGUCAAAAAGACCAAUCAUAGUAAAAUGGGGGGUGUGAGGAAAGUGGGUGAGAGAACCCCCUCGAAGGUGGUGAGGAAAAGUGAUGUGGUUAUGCGGAGGAAUGCGAAAUUUAUUAAAAGAAAAGAUUCAGCCGCUUCUUCUUCGGCGGGAGAAUCCACGCCCAGAGUGAAAAGAAAAUACACGAAGCGAACGCCAACUAAGAAAGAUGGGAAUUCCUCAACGGAUAGGGUGAAAGGGAAGAGAGGCAGACCCAGAAAGACCGAUCAGAUGAACAGAAAUCCACAGGAAGGAAAAAUACGUGUUCGGAACAACCUGAUGCCACUAAACACGGAGCCCAUUCCGGUGGACAGUGAUGAUGAACCAGAUUUGGGAUCUCCGAGUCAAGCGUCUGAUUCGUUAAGUCUGGACGAGAAUCUUCGGGCCUUGAGACACAUACACGAGAAAUACGCCAAUAUUGAUAAGGACGAUUUGUACGAAGCUCACCUCCUGGCUGCGAACUUCAAGAAGCCCCCCAUGGACCAAGUUCAGCGGCUGACGAGGGAAGACGACGACGUACUCUCCGUUCGGAGCUCGGAAGGUGGGGCGUCUGUCAAAGAAUUGGAGACGAGAGUGGAAAAGUUGGAGGACAGUUCCAAUUCAGAUUCCGGGAGCAGCAGUUCCGGUUCUGGCAGUUCCAGUUCCGGCUCCAGUUCGUCGUCCAGCUCGGAUAGUUCCAGUUCCAGCAGCUCGGAGAGCGAAGGAGAAGAGGAAAAGGGAGAAGAGAAGGAGCCCACCGAGCUCGACUCCGUACAGAACACCAAUGAUGAUAGAUCGUUCGGCGCCUGGUCCCACGGUCGGUCCGUCCAAUCCGGGACCAACUCCGACUCCGGGUCCGAUUCGGAUCCCGAGAGGGGCGGCAUUCCGGGGCCGAUCCCCGCGCAAGACGAGAUCAGCGAGAGCGAGAACGAGUCGGCCGAUAAGAGUUUUCAGUGUCAUAUUUGCAAGAAGUGGUACUCCACGCGGGUGACGCUCAAGAUCCACCGACGCGGCCACCAGUCGCGCGGGGGCGGAGGCCGGUCCCGCGCUCGGUCGUCGGACAAGUACGAGUGCGACUGCUGCAGCGCCACCUUCGCCAGGAAGGAGAAGCUGUGGGAGCACAGGGCCGAGGCGCACCGCGGCGCGAUGACGGUGCGCUGCGAGGUGUGCCGCAAGUGCUUCGAGGACGAGGCCGAGCUGGCCCGGCACGACGCCUCGCACACGGCGGACGAGCGCGCCGGCCGCUGCUCGCUGUGCGGCGCGCAGUUCCCGCGCUACGAGCAGCUGCGGCGCCACGCGAACACCGCGCACCCGGCGCCGGCGCGGCUGCCGCACGCGUGCGCGCAGUGCGGCAAGCGCUUCUCGCACGCGCACUCGCUCACGCGCCACACGCACAACCACUCCAAGCAGCUGUACCGCUGCGUCGUCUGCAAGGCCUCGUUCGAGCGCGCGGACCAGCUGGCCCAGCAUCUGAACAGUCACCUCGCCAACUACAAGCGCCUCAAGCGAUAG